UGUUUGCAAGUAGCAUUCCCGAGAUUAUAGAGCUGGUCGGGAGCCGGUCCAAGUAUAGUGGAGAGUACAAGCGGGAGCAUGGGAAGAGACACAUCGUGGUAUGCGGCCACAUCACCUACGAGUCAGUCAGUCACUUCCUCAAAGACUUCUUACAUGAGGACAGAGAGGAUGUGGAUGUUGAAGUGGUGUUCCUUCACAGAAAGCCACCGGAUCUGGAGCUUGAAGGAUUAUUUAAGCGGCACUUCACCACAGUAGAGUUCUUCCAGGGCUCGAUAAUGAACCCCAUAGACCUACAACGUGUCAAGGUACAUGAAGCUGAUGCCUGCCUUGUGCUCGCUAAUAAAUACUGCCAAGACCCUGAUGCAGAGGAUGCUGCCAACAUUAUGCGGGUCAUCUCCAUCAAGAACUACUCUGAUGACAUCAGAGUCAUUAUCCAACUUAUGCAGUAUCACAACAAGGCAUACCUAUUGAAUAUCCCCUCCUGGGACUGGAAGCGUGGUGAUGAUGUCAUUUGCCUGGCUGAGCUCAAAUUAGGCUUCAUCGCCCAGUCUUGCCUUGCUCCAGGCUUCUCUACAAUGAUGGCUAACCUGUUUGCCAUGAGGUCUUUCAAGACGUCGCCAGAUAUGCAAGCCUGGCAGAAUGACACUUUGCUUCUCCAAGCUUAAACUUCUUCUCUUGGCCAUUGAAGUCAAGAAUGAGGAUGGCACAGAUAGCAAAAUUGCCAUCAACCCAAAAGCCACAAAGAUCCAGCCAAACACUCAAGGCUUCUUCAUCGCUCAGUCAGCUGAUGAGGUCAAGAGAGCAUGGUACUACUGCAAAGCCUGUCAUGAAGACUGCAAAAAUGAAACCCUUAUUAAAAAGUGCAAAUGUAAAAACUAUAAGUCAGAUAUUGAAUCAGAACUCUACCAAGUUACUUACACCCCUCCCGAACUACCCAAGCGUCUGCUUAACAACUCCAGAGGCGACAAGAUGCCGCUCAGAGAUGGAAUUGCCAACCAGAACAGCAGUAGUGGACAGCCCUUGGUGAAUGCAGCCAAAACGCUAGCAACUGCCAAGAAGAAUGGUGGACGACCCACAGACGCCCUCACCUCCCCCAGCCAGGGCUACAAUCGGCCUACCAGCCGCAGCAGUGGGGGAGGAAAUGGUGCCAACAACAGUGGGCUUACAGUAGGAAUUGCAGACGACCAAGCCAAGGACUUUGACUUUGAGAAAACAGAGAUGAAGUAUGACUCUACAGGGAUGUUCCACUGGUGCCCAGCAAGGUCUUUGGAGGACUGCAUUCUGGACCGCAACCAGGCGGCCAUGACGGUGCUGAACGGCCAUGUGGUGGUGUGUCUGUUCGCGGACCCCGACUCGCCGCUGAUCGGCCUGAGGAACCUCGUGAUGCCUCUCAGGGCCUCCAAUUUCCACUACCACGAGCUCAAACACGUGGUCAUCGUGGGCUCCGUCGACUACAUCAGACGCGAGUGGAAGAUGUUGCAGAAUCUGCCCAAGAUCUCCGUUCUCAAUGGGUCGCCGUUGAGUCGAGCAGAUCUUAGAGCAGUCAACGUGAACCUGUGCGACAUGUGUGUUAUCCUGAGCGCGAAGGUCCCCAGCAACGAUGACCCGACCUUAGCUGACAAGGAAGCCAUCCUCGCCUCCCUCAACAUCAAGGCCAUGACCUUUGAUGACACCAUUGGUGUCCUUAAUCAGAAUCCCAGUACUGGUGGCGACACCCUGAGUCCACUAGGCUCCCCCAUAGUGCUGCAGAGACGUGGCUCCGUGUAUGGUGCCAAUGUCCCCAUGAUCACGGAGCUCAUCAAUGACAGCAACGUUCAGUUCCUCGAUCAAGAUGACGACGAUGACCCAGACACCGAGCUCUACCUGACCCAACCGUUCGCAUGUGGUACAGCAUUUGCUGUGUCUGUCUUGGACUCCCUCAUGUCUACGACCUAUUUCAACCAGAACGCUCUUACGCUCAUUCGCUCACUCAUCACUGGAGGAGCAACGCCAGAACUAGAGCUGAUCCUGGCAGAGGGUGCGGGACUACGGGGAGGAUACAGCACGCCCGAGACACUUGCCAACCGCGACCGCUGUCAAGUGGGGCAGAUCUCCCUCUACGACGGUCCUCUUGGCCAGUUCGGGGAAAGCGGGAUUUACGGAGACCUCUUCUGCGCGGCCCUGAGGAACUAUGGCAUGCUAUGUAUUGGUCUCUACAGAACACUCCGUAUGAGUCCUCAAUCUGGCGUUGGUUUGGACUGCAGAUUCCGCGACACCUCAAGCUCGUGUGACGCGUCGUCCAAGCGGUAUGUGAUAACCAACCCACCAGAUGACUUCAAGUUGCUGCCCACCGACCAGGUCUUCGUUCUGAUGCAGUUCGACCCAGGCCUGGAGUACAAGCCUAACCGGGGAGACAUGGCCAAGGAUGACAACUCCUGACUCCUCCUCUGUAGCGCCCUCACUGACGGACCCUACUCCUACAUCUGAAAGAGUCCAGCGCUGCACCCACACCACACCAACACCACCACACACCACCCGCUCAUCACACGCUGCCACCCACCGCCCGCCACUUGUGCCCGCCCGUGAGUGCAGCAGCGAAUGGUAGCGGUCACGUGCUGUGCCUCAGCCGUCCUCCCCAGUACAGUAUUUCCCUCCCCAGAUCUCCUGCUCUUCCUCUCUACCUUCCUUCUCACUUCCUCUGCUUCCUUCCCCUCACUCCCUCCCCCAGUACUAUCCACUCCCCAUUGUAGUCACCCCACAUCCUCCCCGUAUAUCUUCUAGUGGGUUUUUGGUCUGUUGUGUUCCGUAAGGUCCCAGCACAAGGAGAGGUGCCAGACAGACACCUCGCAUCAUGAGCAGGUGGCCCCAUGUGUGCUUUGUCACCCUAAGUUCAUAUAUGUUCGAGCUGUUCUGUGUAUACUUCUUUUGGUUGCAGGAAUGAACUAACAAAAACACCUCAUUUUAUCUUCAGUCUUUGGCAUCUUUGAAUUAUAUGUAUAUCGAUGUCCUGAAUGAGUAUUUUUUGUGUAUUAUUCUUGACUUUUGUGUGGGAUCGCGGACUUUUGAGAUAGGGAAAAAUUCACAGUUGAAAUAGAAUGUUCCAGCUAUGCAAGUUGCUACCUUGACUCACUCGCUAGUGCCCCAGGUGGUAGGGCGUAGCUCCAUUAUCAGACCCGAGUUUAGUGUUCCGUUGUCAGCCUGCACAUGCCCGGCUCACAGACACACCGGCUUUUUAAAGCCGAUCCUGUCAAGUCUCACCUGCAGCAAGUGCUCAUGUAUUCAGGGUCCUUCAGACUGUCCUGGACGCCUGCCACACGCCUGGUAACUCAAGGAUCUCAACGGAAGUGAGUAUCUGCUGAGGAACGAGCUGGGUGGCAGGGACGUGUGGGUUAGUCUGAGAGUGAGGAUGCUACAAUAGAAUGCUAAUUUUUUUAGCAGAUCUUGUUGAUGAUGUAUUAUCUUUCUGUACUCUGUGCAAAACUUUUUAGAUAGCAAAAGUGGUGUUAUUACUUCUUUCACCUUUUCUCUUGCUGUCUUAUGCUCUUCAUUGUGUUUUCAUAAUGUAAAAUUUUGUUUUUAAGUAUUAUGGAAUAAGAAGUUUUAGAUGAUAAUUUCCUCUUCUAAGCACUCAUAAUUUCAUGUAUAACCAGAGUAUCAAAAACUUCUGGCACAGAGGACAACCACGUUUUCACAAGCACCGUCUAGCCAGGGAUAGUUGUUCAGCAAGACUUAGGUCCAGACAUGUGUUUACAUGCGACUUGUUUAGAGAAGAGUUUGAAUAAAAUAUUGAGUGUUAUAGUUUUUUACUUAGUUAUGUAAAGUUGAUAAAAGUUUUCUGACUGAUGCAUCAUUGUGAACAAAGUUCUCGUCUAGCAAGUUGAAAAAAAGCUGUCAAAAUGUUGUAAAGAGAAAAAUGCAUUUUGCAAAUCAAAAUUGUUGGCGCUAUGUCCGUGAAGCGCCGUGUUGCUCGGCCCUCUUAGGUCCAGGGCCUUGCGUGGUCACGUGACUCUAUGAUGUCACGUGUGGCCGGCACCACCACCACCUUAGUAGCGGGGUUGCAGCAUUAGCACAGCUAGAGAGGACACUGUAGGCUUCUAGCUUGUUGCACUCGAGCUACACCUCCAAUGGAGAGUUCUCACGUGAGCGAGGUCAUCCCAACAUCAAAGUUACUGAAAUCUUGUGGUGGCCACGUCUUUUGGUGGAACGCAGGUCCACUUCUUGCUCUUCAUUAUUCAUGUUAUCAGCACAUGUUAAUUCACAAUCUCGCUGUGACCAUGUCCAAUGGAAAUCCGGGAAUACAUUUAUACAUGUGCACCCACGGCCAGGUCCACUGUGGCCCACCAGAAUGUGGCCACCCAGGAUGUGUUGUGGUGUCCGUGUCCACUGGUGGCCCACCACAAUCGGGGUUUGGAGGGUUUUCCCCCAUUCUGCUGAGCCACGGCGACCCCUGUGAUCAUAUCCUAGUUUGUAUGGUAUGCCAUUCCACAUUUUCUGAUGUUUACAUAAUCCUGUUUUGAUCCACAGUGUGCGAAGCUGUAUAAUCCUUGUUUAUAAAUAUUCCUUGUUCCUACAUAUGGAAACCUUGAGAACUUAUGGCCCAUUGUGGCCCUUAUUAUAAUCAGUGAGAGUUCACUGGUCAAUGCUUGAGUGUUAAUAUUCACCAGAGUGUCGUUCAUGUCUACUCAUGCAUAUUCUCUCGAGUCCUCAUCAUAAGAAAGGUGUGCUGCACUUAAGUAUCUCUACAUAAACGUUGACAGUUGCGCAGCCGUGGUGGGUAAGGCCUCGCUCUGCCUGCCACGGUGCUGCUGCUGCCGCUGCUAGACGUGAUGCGCACGCGAGCCGGGGCCCCCUCCUCCAGGACUCUCCCAGCGCUGCCCUCUGGUGGCCUAUGUGCUGUCAUUGCCUUACAAAUGCCAAGAGCUUAAUAAGUUUUCAUCUCUUCAAUCAUGGCUUUUUAUCUUUUUCGAAAUGUACCACUGACCAGUGAGAGGGUGGUGGGGUAUGUCAGCAGAUGUCCACAAAUGUAGAAUACAAGUGUGCUCUGAAAGGCCAUAAAAAUAUGUAAUGAAGUGUUUGAAAAGUAGAUAAAAUCGUUUGUGAAGUCAUCUUAGAAAAGAGAUAUUAGUGUUCAGUUUAGUUUAUUGUGAAUAUGCUCACCAAACCGAGCUAGAAAGAAGAAAAUGGAAACAGAAAAAGUUAACAACACAAGAUAACCAAGUAGUUGCAAGUUGAAACGAGAAGCCACCCAACAACCCUUGCGUCUUCAAUCACAGUGACUACUACAACAACAACAGCUACAAGUGGCAGCACACUGAGCCGACUGCCCCACUCCUGCCAGGCUCUGUGGUAGGUGGGGUCAGGGGGUGGGUUCCUCGUUGUCCCAGAACCCACUUUUGCAACACUAUUAUCUGGAGUGCGAACACCUUAUGUAUUGAUUAUUCCCCUUCUCACCAGCUCUACCCUGACUCCGCCUGCCUAGAGAACUGCUGGUCAUGCAGUAUCAUGGCAUGAUUGAACCAUACUGGGAAAUAAAGAAGACAUCCCUACUAGAUACAUAAUGAAAUGUGAUAUGUAAUAUAGACCAGGUGUCAUCUACUGCAUGAUAAUCGUGCUGCUUUCUGAAAUGUUUAUGAAAUCACUGUAUACUAUUCAUUCUUGUAUUUCUUCCUAUCAUUAUCAAAUACUUUUUGUAUAUUUUGUGUCCACUUGUGUUUUCCCUGCCCUCUGCUCUGGCCGAAUUGAUAAUGCAUAACAUUGGCGCUACAGCCUCCUCUCAGCACCCAGUGCCUUGAAAGGCCUGCUGUCCCAUAGUAAACCUGAAUGACUCAAGAGACACCUAGUUUGUCUGCUCACAGGGGAGGGUUUGACCGACCACAGGCGAGAGGGGGAAACGAUUCCAAGCCACAAAGAGACACAUGGUGCCUGAGAGCAGGUCGUAUGCGCCGUCCUGGGGUUUUCCUAUCAGUAAAGGGGAAAUAUUUGGGGUUUAUGCACCGUUGGAUUUCCAUAUAUCAUGACUUAGGCGAGGUUUGGUCCUGGCAAGUCCCUCCCAUCCGCCUAUGGCCUCCAGGUCUUCCUUCUUGUUGCAAGAAGGGAAUAAGUCCUGCUCGGAGCGGGCGGACGGAACUUGCAGCGCCCCCUGCGUCUUCUUUCAUACUUCUUUGUUCUGAAUCAGAGAGGUAAUCCACUGUUGACGUUUAUCUCUGAUCUGUUACCAGUUAGGUCCUGUUCAAUCUUUGUUGAGCCCCACAGCAAACGGUGGCUCUGCUCUGCAAACACGCCUUACUAAGUCUUUAUUUUGUUGCAGAAGCAAUAAGGCAAAAAACAGAAGUAAAAAAAAAAAAGGUUUUCAGGAUUGCUUGUUAUGCAAACUGGCUGUAGUGAUUUAUGCAGAGAAUCUAAAUGGAACGUGAAUUUCAGAUUUUUCUACGCUGCUGUACAUGUACAUGUGAUAAAUGUUAUACAUAGAGGAAUUGUGCUGGAGAUCCCGGUCGCGAAGUUGGUCUCUUUGUGUUAAUAUAUUGAUAGAUUUAUAUUGGCUUUGAUCUGUAUCUUUGUAUUGUUGUUUUAAAUGAACGGAACUAAACAAAUGCGAAGUUAUUACUUCUUGUGAAUGUGGGAUAUUUCCUGAACUAUUGUAGAGGUGUUUUGUAGCAGGCUACUACUAUGAAAAGAUUUUUUUUUUUUAAUCAUGAGAAGUGACGGUUUCAUUAGUGCAGAAGAAAAUAGAUAGGUAGAAUAAUCCAUAGCGACCUUCAUGACCGGGACCCGACGCACUGUUUCUUCAUUCUACAAGUUACCAUCCAGUGGCAGAGGUCGGAGGUGCAGACUUCCCGCUGAUCCGAUAUGAUUCAAAGGAUCUAGAGUCCUGCAGCUGACAAGUCGCACUCCUUUCGUAGGAGGGCGGCAGAUCAGACGAGGGGCUGUAGUUCCCUGUCAUGCAUGCGCCUGUCAGCGGCCUCAGUCCUCCGCAGCGCUGAUAAGAAGGGUCGCAACUGCACUGCAUAAGAGAUGCAACCAAGAGGAAAUGAGGCAGUUAAGCGUCACAAAUCUGGAAGGUUUUGUGACGUGACUCGGCCUGCCUGCCGCCAAAACCUUUCGCCCAUCGUCUCUGUGAGAGUGGGGGCUUCAAAUGUUAGUUUUGUUGAGGAUUUUCCGAAGACAACGCAGUUCGUUCUUCUUAUCAGCUGUUGUUGCUUACCGAUCUCUGGUUACCCCCACGAGAAGCCACGCCCACACCUCAAAACAGAAGUAGCAGACACAACAACACACUCCACACACCACACGACACGGACCUCUACACCCAAACACAUAUCAUGAGCCCUCCCGCUGUGUCAAAAGUAUGAAGAUGCAAUACAACACUUUCAUAGCCUAUUCCCUGCUGACGUGCGACAAAAUAAUCAAAAUAUUACAUAGUGACGUACGUAACAGGCCUUCGACUUCCCAUUUUCGUUCUUGUGAUGAGCAGGAAAGUAGAAUCCAAACCGCCAUCUUAAAAGUAGCUUAGAAAUAAAAAUGUUUAUGAAAACUUCAGGGUAUUGAGUAACUUCAUAAAACAGUAAUUAGCAAUUCGAGAAUGUUAAGGUACUCCAGCAAUAGUUGUUUUAACAAUAGAUUAAAAUGGAUGUGAAAAUUAAGAAAAAAUGACAAAUUCUGUAGUUGAGCAAUUUGGUGGAUGGCAAAAAGGCGGGAACUUUACACUUGCUCUUAAUCAGAACGGCUAAAAUCCAAGCUAGACAUGUUAACCUCUCUCGCUUAUUGGCUUCUAAAAUAAAACCAAGCUAAAAAUUAACAAGUUUAACCUUUUGCCAGAAGGGAAGUCAAAGUCCCGUAUGCACAAGCCCCGUACAAGAAACGUUGAUAUCAUAAUACAACAGUCAACUGUGGGUGUUUUCAGUGGCAAAUAGCGGGAAUAUGAAGACGUGUUAAUAUUUGUUUAAUGUAAGUAUUACACUACUGGUUCAGAACUGUUUUUAUUUGAAUAUUUGAACAGCAAUAGAAUAAAUGCACCUCUGUUG